AUGAAUCAGACCGAUGCUCCCCGGCCACUCAACUGGACCAUCCGCAAGCUCUGCCAUGCCGCCUUCCUCCCCUCCGUCAGACUUCUUAAGGCACAGAAAUCAUGGAUAGAAAGAGCAUUUUACAAGAGAGAAUGUGUUCAUAUCAUACCCAGCACCAAAGACCCCCAUAGGUGUUGCUGUGGGCGUCUAAUAGGUCAACAUGUUGGACUGACUCCAAGCAUCUCCGUUAUUCAGAAUGAGAAAAAUGAAAGCAGGCUUGCUCGCAAUGACAUCCAGUCGGAGAAGUGGUCCAUCAGCAAGCACACGCAGCUCAGCCCGACGGAUGCUUUUGGAACCAUUGAGUUCCAAGGAGGAGGCCACUCCAAUAAAGCCAUGUAUGUACGUGUGUCUUUUGACACAAAGCCUGACCUUCUUCUGCAUCUGAUGACCAAAGAGUGGCAGCUUGAGCUCCCUAAACUUCUCAUCUCUGUUCAUGGGGGCCUUCAGAAUUUUGAACUUCAGCCAAAACUCAAGCAAGUCUUUGGAAAAGGCCUCAUUAAGGCUGCUAUGACAACUGGAGCGUGGAUAUUCACUGGAGGAGUAAACACAGGAGUCAUUCGGCAUGUUGGAGAUGCACUGAAAGAUCAUGCCUCAAAAUCUCGAGGGAAGAUCUGCACCAUUGGUAUAGCUCCCUGGGGAAUUGUGGAAAAUCAAGAGGAUCUGAUUGGCAAAGAUGUGGUCCGACCAUACCAGACAAUGUCCAAUCCCAUGAGUAAGCUGACAGUGCUCAACAGUAUGCAUUCUCAUUUUAUUUUGGCUGACAAUGGCACUACUGGUAAAUAUGGAGCAGAGGUGAAACUUCGUAGACAGCUGGAAAAGCACAUUUCACUUCAGAAGAUAAAUACAAGAAUUGGUCAAGGGGUUCCGGUGGUGGCCCUCAUUGUGGAAGGAGGUCCCAAUGUUAUCUCCAUCGUUCUGGAGUACCUGCGAGAUACUCCUCCUGUUCCUGUUGUGAUAUGCGAUGGCAGUGGCCGGGCGUCUGACAUCCUUGCCUUUGGUCACAAAUACUCUGAAGAAGGAGGACUUAUCAACGAGUCUUUGAGAGACCAGCUGCUAGUUACCAUACAGAAGACUUUCACAUACACCCGAACACAGGCACAGCACCUCUUCAUUAUCCUCAUGGAGUGCAUGAAGAAGAAGGAGCUGAUCACAGUAUUUCGCAUGGGAUCAGAAGGACAUCAGGAUAUUGAUUUAGCUAUCCUGACAGCAUUACUAAAAGGAGCUAACGCAUCUGCUCCCGACCAGCUGAGCCUUGCAUUAGCCUGGAACAGAGUAGACAUCGCCCGCAGUCAGAUCUUUAUUUAUGGGCAACAGUGGCCGGUGGGCUCCCUUGAGCAAGCAAUGCUGGAUGCACUGGUGUUGGACAGAGUGGAUUUUGUGAAAUUACUCAUAGAAAAUGGAGUAAGCAUGCAUCGUUUUCUCACCAUCUCCCGGCUAGAGGAAUUGUACAAUACGAGACAUGGACCAUCGAACACUUUGUAUCAUCUAGUCAGGGAUGUCAAAAAGCGAGAAUAUCCAGGUUUCGGUUGGAUCUAUUUUAAGGGAAACUUACCCCCUGAUUAUCGGAUAAGUCUGAUUGAUAUUGGUUUGGUGAUGUACCACAAUUUAUUUGGACCCAAGAGGCCAAAAGCCCUGAAACUGUUGGGAAUGGAGGAUGAUGUCCCUUUGCGGCGAGGGAGGAAAACAACAAAGAAAAGAGAAGAAGAAGUCGAUAUUGAUUUGGAUGACCCUGAGAUCAAUCAUUUCCCCUUUCCGUUCCAUGAGCUGAUGGUGUGGGCUGUGCUGAUGAAGCGUCAGAAGAUGGCACUCUUCUUUUGGCAGCAUGGGGAAGAGGCUAUGGCUAAAGCACUGGUGGCCUGUAAACUCUGCAAAGCCAUGGCCCACGAAGCAUCAGAAAAUGACAUGGUGGAUGACAUAUCUCAAGAGCUGAACCAUAAUUCCAGGGACUUUGGCCAGUUGGCGGUGGAGCUGUUGGACCAGUCGUACAAGCAGGAUGAGCAACUGGCAAUGAAACUGCUGACCUACGAGCUGAAGAACUGGAGCAACGCCACAUGCCUGCAGCUCGCAGUGGCAGCCAAGCACAGGGACUUCAUUGCUCACACUUGCAGCCAAAUGUUGCUCACAGACAUGUGGAUGGGUCGUCUCCGGAUGCGCAAAAAUUCUGGCCUAAAGGUAAUUCUAGGAAUUCUACUUCCUCCUUCAAUCCUCAGCUUGGAGUUCAAGAACAAAGAUGAUAUGCCUUACAUGUCCCAGGCUAACGAGAUCCAUCUUCAAGAGAAGGAGCCAGAGGAACCAGAGAAGCCAGUGAAAGAAAAAGAGGAGGAGGACAUGGAACUCACCGCGAUGCUUGGACGAGGGAAUGGAGAGUCCUCAAGAAAGAAAGACGAAGAGGAAGUUCAGAGCAGGCACAGGCUGAUCCCUGUUGGAAGAAAGAUUUAUGAGUUCUACAAUGCUCCCAUCGUUAAAUUUUGGUUUUACACACUGGCAUAUAUAGGCUACUUGAUGCUGUUCAACUAUAUAGUGUUAGUGAAGAUGGAUCGCUGGCCAUCUACACAGGAAUGGAUUGUCAUCUCGUACAUUUUCACUCUGGGAAUAGAGAAGAUGAGAGAGAUAUUGAUGUCAGAGCCCGGGAAACUGCUACAGAAAGUAAAAGUUUGGCUCCAGGAGUACUGGAACGUUACUGAUCUCAUUGCUAUCCUCCUGUUCUCUGUUGGGAUGGUGCUCCGUCUACAAGAUCUGCCACUCCGGAGUGAUGGCCGAGUGAUAUACUGUGUUAACAUAAUUUACUGGUAUAUACGGUUAUUAGACAUCUUCGGAGUAAACAAGUAUUUGGGACCAUAUGUUAUGAUGAUUGGGAAAAUGAUGAUAAAAAUGAUGUAUUUUGUCAUCAUCAUGUUGGUGGUUCUGAUGAGCUUUGGUGUGGCAAGACAGGCUAUUCUCUUCCCCAAUGAGGAGCCUUCGUGGAAGCUGGCGAAAAACAUAUUUUACAUGCCUUAUUGGAUGAUCUAUGGGGAAGUGUUUGCAGACCAGAUAGACCGUAAGCAAGUUUAUGAUUCUCAUACUCCAAAGUCAGCUCCUUGUGGUCAAAAUGAAACCAGAGAAGAUGGCAAAAUAAUCCAGCUACCUCCCUGCAAGACAGGAGCAUGGAUCGUUCCUGCCAUCAUGGCCUGUUACCUCUUGGUUGCAAACAUCCUUUUGGUGAACCUCCUCAUUGCUGUUUUCAACAAUACAUUUUUUGAAGUCAAAUCCAUAUCCAACCAAGUAUGGAAGUUUCAAAGAUACCAGCUAAUCAUGACAUUUCACGAAAGACCUGUUCUCCCACCGCCUCUGAUCAUUUUCAGCCAUAUGACUAUGAUAUUCCAACACCUCUGCUGCAGAUGGCGGAAGCAUGAAAGUGACCCAGAUGAGAGAGACUACGGAUUAAAACUUUUCAUAACUGAGGAUGAAUUGAAAAAAGUCCAUGAUUUUGAAGAGCAGUGCAUAGAAGAAUAUUUUAGAGAAAAGGAUGACAGAUUCAAUUCCUCCAAUGAUGAAAGAAUCCGUGUCACUUCAGAAAGGGUAGAGAACAUGGCCAUGAGACUGGAAGAAGUAAAUGAGCGAGAGCACUGCAUGAAGGCCUCUCUGCAGACUGUUGACAUCAGGCUUGCUCAGCUGGAAGAUAUGAUGGGACGGAUGGUUACCGCCCUGGAAAAACUGACGGGCAUAGAGAGAGGUGAGACGACCAAGAUACGAUCCAGGACCUCAUCCGACUGUACUGAUGCAGCCUACAUUGUGAGGCAGAGUAGCUUCAACAGUCAGGAAGGAAAUACUUACAAGCUUCAAGAGAGCAUAGAUCCCACGGGAGAGGAGUCCAUGUCCCCAACGUCUCCUACAAUCACGCCCCGCAUGCGAAGCCACUCUUUCUAUGCAACAAAUAUGAAGGACAAGUGUGGUUUGGAAAAGUUUGAAAGCAUUUUUAAGGAAAGAUCUCCCAGCCUGCAUAGGGCUAUCAGUUCCCACUCAAUAGCAAAAGAAGGAAAGGUUCCCUUAGCCCCUACCAGCACUUUGUCAAUUGCCCCAGACUCCAGAAGGCCUUCGUCUUGUAUAGACAUCUACGUUUCUGCCAUGGAUGAGAUGCAUUCUGACACAGAGCCUCUCGACAGCUCCAUAAAUAUUCUUGGUACCGGAGAUGCAGCUCUGCAGGCUCACAUAGCCUCUUCCAUUUUAGCUAACAGUGCGUACAUUAGCACUACACCUGGCGAAAAAAUUUCUGGCAGGAGUCUUGAUUACGAGGAAACCUCUGGAAUAGAAACAAGAGCAUUUUCUUCAGACUAUUCACAAAUCACAGAUUGCCAAAUCCCCUGGGAUUCAGACCCUCCCUUGUAUCACACUUUAGAGCGAUCUAAAAGCAGUCGUUAUCUGGCUACGACUCCAUUUAUUCUGGAGGAAACGCCAAUUGUGAAAUCUCACAGUUUUAUGUUCUCUCCAUCUCGAAGCUACUUCAGCAGCCUUGGCGUCCCAGUCAAAACAGCAGAGUACACAAGCAUUACGGACUGCAUAGACACAAGGUGUGUGAGCGCUCCCCAGGCCAUUGCAGAGAGGGCCAGUUUCCCUGGAAGUCUUGGGGGCAAAGUGGAAGACUUAGGAUGCUGCCACCCAGAAAGAGAAGCUGAACUAAGCCACCCAAGCUCUGAUCAUGAGGAUAUUGAGGCCAAAGACAAGAAGGGGAUCCCCUUAUCUCCUCAAGACAGCAAUGCUACGAGAACUCUGGCCAACAGCAUCCCACUUCCAAAAAUAGAGCGGGCCAACAGCUACUCUGCAGAGGAGUCCAACAUGUUGUAUGCACAGCACACGCGGAAGAGCUACUCUAUCAGCGACAAACUUGACAGGCAGCGAAACACAACAGGCCUGCGAAACCCCUUCCAGAGGAGUAAGUCCUCGCGACCAGAGAGCAGAGGGGACAACCUGUCCAUGAGGAGACUGUCAAGAACAGGAGCCUUCCGCAGCUUUGAAAGCAAGCACAGCUAG